CUUCAACAAUCCCAACCAACACAUCAAGUGCGAACCAUGGCAAUAUCAACGCAAGGAGACGUAGCGCCAGGGCAUAUCUGGAGAGGGCAGAGAGUCGCGAUAAAGAGUCCCCGAACGGGUCAGGAGGAGUCGUUUUUACGGGAGGUGGAGAUUAUCAAGAAUCUUGCAGACAGGCAUAUCAUUCAGUAUUACCACUACACCGUCGAGGAACCGCUUGAACUUAUUAUGGAGGAUGCCGAGGGUGGAGACCUCAACAGCGCCAUCUCCAGACUGCAGUGGGAAGACAAAGAGAGGAUUGCGGGUGAGAUUGCUCACGGACUUUCCUACAUACACAGUCUGGGCAUCAUACACUGCGACAUCAAGAGCUACAAUGUGUUGUUGACCAAAAAACUCGAGGCCAAGCUCUGCGAUUUUGGGUCAGCGAUGACAAUCACGGACAAAAAGGACAAGAAGCCGUGCGAUGGAAGUCCCGGAUGGACAGCCCCCGAACUGCUGGAGGAUAAAACUGCGUAUUCGCCUGAGUCCGAUAUCUACGCUCUUGGGAUUGUCAUGUGGGAGAUGGCGUCAUCAGCCGCGGAACCAUGCAACAGGCGCCAAGUUUUGGAGGAGAAGCUGGAGGACGUCCCGCACGAAUACCGUAAUAUCAUGCAAGCUUGUUGGGAUUUGGACCCAAAGUGCAGACCGAAAGCUAGAGCAGUAUUGUUUCUGAAGUAUGGAUGUUCUUUGAGGGAGAUACAGGAACAGCUAGCGCGGCUGGCAACGGGGGAUGCCGAUGUACAGGACAAGAACCUACAUAUUCUAUCCCAAUUCGUGGCGGGUGGAAAAUGUGACGCGAGCAUGGAUACCCACGCCAAUGAUCUGAAUGAACUGGGGCGGAUGCGCCUCGAGCAUCAGGACUUUCUCAAGGACAGAUCCAAUGCGAUUGAGCUCCGGCUCGAGCCUGCCGACCUAAGAUGCGAUGUGGCAAAGGCUGUAAAGGCUCUUGAGUACUAUAGAUCUGGGCUCUACGAACAAGCACAGGACUAUGCACGACAAGUCAGCCAUCAUCCGGUGGGCAGCUAUGUCUUGGGCGAGAUGUAUAGCCAGGGCCAUGGAGUGACCAAGAACGAAGGCGAGGCACGCAGAUGGCAUCUCAGUGCAGCAAGAGGUGGACAUGCCGUUUCACAGCAUUUGAUGGGUGUCAGCUGUUUCAAAGCAGGCAACCAUAUUGAAGCUUUGAAAUGGUACCGCGAGGCUGCCGAGCAGGAAAAUUCGGAUGGGCAGUAUAAGUUGGGUGUUAUGUUCUACUAUGGCCAUGGCGUACCUCCAGAUCCCAUAGAAGCAGUACACUGGAUGCAAAAGGCAGCGAAUCAAGGACAUAUAUCUGCGGCGACUGGGAUGGGUAGGAUCUGCUUGGGCCAGGAAAAGUAUCCUGAGGCGAUGAGGUGGUGCCGUAAGGCGGCUGGGGAUCGCAUCUCACAAUAUAACAUUGGGCUCAUGUAUCGUACAGGAUGGGGCGUCAGACCAAACUACACUACCGCCAUUAAGUGGUUCCAACGUGCAGCUGACCAGGGGUAUGGCCAAGCGCAGUAUGCGAUGGGUACGAUGUAUCGUUACGGCUGGGGCGUGAAAGAGGACUUGGACAAGACCAUGGAGUGGUACAAGAAGGCGGUUGAGAACGGAGACCCAGAUGCGGCCAACGAGUUGGCUAUGAUCGUUCUUGAGACGAACCGUAGGACAAGGCUCUACGAGAGUAAUCAAAACCUGGGUUAGGCCAUAAAGGAAGGGAAUCUUUUGGCUAAGGGCAAUCAUCUGCUACGGGACAUGUAGUGUUUGCAUGUGAAGGCAAGAACGAGUAGAAGCAAUAAAUCCCCCUUAAAUCCUUUCUUUGUUUUUA